GCUCCUUCAAGAACAUCAUCAAGAAAGCCUUCUCGACACGAACAGACCAUUUGGUCAGGACUUGAUAGAAGCCGCACUUCAAGGAUUCUCUCCCCAUUUUUUUUUUGUUUUGUUUUUUUUUUCGGCCAGACAAGCACCAUGGCUGACGCAGCUGAGCGGCAAAUAACCCGUGGCGCUAUCGCUGCCAUAUUUAAUGACCCGGAAGGUGUCAAGACUCGCUUCCCGGUACCAGUACUACAAUGUCUGCAAGUAAAGCUUCUCGGCCAGCAGCCCAAUGCCGGAGCUGCUGAAAGGUAUCGCGUGGUUUUGAGUGAUAUCGACAAUUACAUCCAGUGCAUGCUGGCUACACAAGCAAACCACGUCAUCCACGAUGAUCAGCUUCAAAGAGGCUGCAUUGUGCGUGUCAAGUCUUACCAAGCCAACACUGUCAAGGGCAAGAGCGUACUGGUCUUAUUGGAUCUUGAGGUCAUACAGUCUCUCGGAGUACAUGAAAAGAUUGGUGAGCCUGCAAGCAUCGAGGCCAAGGCCGAAAACACAACAAACACCACCAUUGGUGGAUCAGGCUUCUAUGGCACCAAGACCGAACCGGACGUCAAACCUCAGAUCCGCUCUCAGAUGCCAACUCGCAACGCCGGUAGUGGCGGACCUUCUCACGGCCCUGGCAACGUCAACAUCUACCCGAUUGAGUCUAUCUCGCCAUACCAACACAAAUGGACGAUCAAGGCCCGUGUUUCACAAAAGUCCGACAUUAGGACAUGGCAUAAGGCAAGUGGUGAGGGCAAGCUCUUUAGUGUCAACCUUUUGGAUGAAACCGGCGAGAUCAAGGCUACCGGCUUCAACGACCAAUGCGACAAGUUCUACGACAUACUUCAAGAAGGCCAGGUCUACUACAUCUCCACCCCGUGCCGCGUUCAAAUGGCCAAGAAGCAGUUUACGAACCUUCCCAACGACUACGAGCUCACUUUCGAGGAUGGCACUCAGAUUGAGAAGGCCGAGGACCAGAGCAGCGUGCCACAAGUACGCUUUAACUUUUGCAACAUUCAAGAGCUGCAGGAGGUGGAGAAGGACGCCACAGUGGACGUUAUCGGUGUCCUCAAGGACGUCGCUGAGGUUUCUCAGAUCACCUCCAAGGCCAGUGGCAAGUUUUUCGAUAAGCGCGAGCUGACGCUCGUCGACGACAGCGGCUAUUCGGUACGCAUGACGGUCUGGGGCAAGACGGCGCAGAACUUUGAUGCCAAACCAGAGUCAGUAGUGGCCUUCAAGGGUGCCAAGGUCGGCGAUUUUGGAGGUCGUUCACUUUCAUUGUUGUCUUCGGGUACAAUGACCGUGGACCCCGAUAUCCCUGAGGCACAUCGUCUCAAGGGCUGGUUCGACUCGUCUGGUAGAAACGACAACUUCAGCACUUUUAACACGAACAGUGUUGCUGGUGCUACUGGCCGUCAGGAUCAAACAUUAACGAUUCACAGGGUUAAGGAAGAUAAUCUGGGCAUAGAUGAUGUGGCGUACUUUGCCCUCAAGGCAACAGUGGUUUAUAUUCGCCAGGAGAAUUUUGCAUACCCAUCGUGCAUCAACGAAGGCUGCAGCAAAAAGGUUACAGACCUUGGCGAUGGAAGCUGGCGUUGCGAGAAAUGCGAUGUCAACCACCCGCGGCCGGAAUAUCGUUACAUUAUGAGUGUCAACGUGAACGAUCACACCGGUCAGCUGUGGCUCAGUUGUUUCGAUGAUGUUGGUCGCAUCAUCAUGGGCAAGUCAGCAGACGAGUUGAUGGCGCUCAAGGAUGAGAACUUCGAAGCUUUCACCCGCGAGUUUGAGAAUGCAAACUGCAGGAAGCUCAGCUUCAGGUGUCGUGCCAAGAUGGACACUUUUGGGGAUAACCAGAGAGUUCGCUAUCAGGUCAUGGGUGCCACCAAGAUGGACUGGAAGAGCGAGGCCGCCAGACUUGCUGAGUUGAUCAAGCAAAUGAUGAUCUGAAACACGCUGGCCGUGGGCGAUGUAGAGCUUUUGUCCAUGGUGACUAAAACAAAAUGGUGUUCAGGGUCAACACUCGACGCAAGAAGUUACAUGUAGCCAUGAUGUGGCCGACAAACAAGGCUCACGGUGUUGACAUGGUUGUGUAGGUGAUGGAAACCUGCAAUGGAAUUGCGAGCUGGGGCGAUUAUGAGAUAACAACACAAACAGACAUGCGCCAUGUCUGUGGGAGACGAGGCAAAAUGGUCGGGUUCGCAUGUAUAUGUGACUACAGAUCCCACAGUGACAACUAAUGUCUAAGAAUAAAUGACAUAAAUAAACAACACAAAACAAAACAAAGUCGCAGUACAGAUGGCCGAAGAAACGAAUUGACGGGAACGAUGGCGUGCGGAGAAGAUAGAAGGAG